AAGACAACGCACACACCUAUGGUAUGCUAGCUCAUCAGAAGAUAAACACAACUUUAAAGUUCGAUUAAAUGUUUAUACGUUAUCCCAGCGCCACAAAUGAAAAAUAAGGAGUCCAUUUCUAGUAAAGUGUCGGCGAGCGUACAAAGUGAGUCUGGCCUCACGUUGCGUUUAACUACCGUUAGCUACCUGUCACCAGUCUCAAUAUUCAAACGAGUGUUAGCUUAAAAUGUCCAUUCGGUUCAUUUACUCCACAGGACGGUCAUUUGUAGCUUAUGGCUUUCGAGAAUUCAUCAUGACUGGCUAGUCUAAACAACUUUGCAGGGUAAAAGGGCCAUUUUGAAGGACGUAUCACGACGGGGGAUUUGCUUGACACAUAAUGUCCAAAGCCCAGCUCAAGAAAAAGGAGUCCACUUCCAGCAAAAUAUCCGACGUGCCAGUAGAAGUAUGUUCAGCACCCACCAUAUCCGUGGAUAGCCUGGAGGAUGUGUGGCCCGAGUGGAAUGACGGGGAUGUCUACAGGGAGAAAUGGGACUCGGGAAAAGCACCAGAAGAUUCAAAGAAGCCUCCCCCUCCAAAUUUACAGCUGUUCUUUGAGGAUCCAGAGGGGAAAAUUAGCCUUCCGGCAUCUUUGAAUGUGCAAUACUGGAGGCGCCCUACAGAGUUUCUCUGCAGCAUGGUGCCCACAGUUGUUGAGAACACACAUAGCUUUGACCUGGUGACCUCCAACCACCAUCUACUUGGCAGUGAGCUGAUGAGGUGGAUGAUCAGUGAGAUCUACAUCGUUUGGAAAGUCUUCCACGACCCCGAAGCUUCAGAGCAGCAUGACUGGAAACCUUGGGAGCACAUCUACUCGCUAUGCAAGACGGGGAAAGGCCACGUGCCGCUCUUCAACUGCUACGGGAAAUACCUGGUUCGACUCUUCUGGAUGGGUUGCUGGCGGAAGAUAACUGUGGAUGAUUUCAUGCCCUUCGACAAAGACCACAAUCUGCUUCUGCCAGCGUCCGGCUGUCGGGCGGAGCUGUGGCCCAUGCUGCUGGCCAAGGCGCUCGUCAAAGUUAAUAACACAAGGCCGCUCAGUCGAGAUGUCAACAGAAAUAAAAUGUCACAGCUCUCCGAUGAGAUAGGCGAGUUCAACUUCAUCCACCACCUUACCGGCUGGAUCCCGGAAAUCAGUCCAAUAAACUAUGUGUGCCGAAGAAAAACGUGGGAUUUCUUGCAAGGCAACAUCCCGGCAUUUGUGCACAAAUGCUUGAAAGCACAUCAGAAGAAGCACCAGAGGAGGAGCUCUGAACACAGGAGCCAUCACGACGUGGACAAUGACCAGCCGAAAUCGGUGGUGUGCGCCAGCUUCUAUCCUAAUCAGCUACACGAUGAUCCCUUUGUGUACACAAAAAUGGCCGAUUCCUCGGAGGCUCUCCGUCGCUACAACCUGUGCUUGCGCCACAGCCACUUGGUCCUGUUGACCCAAACUCGAACAUGCCCGUUGGACUUACCGCACCAGCCUCCACCUGAGCCGCGGUGGAAACUGGUCCGCAAGAAACCCGAGAAGCCCGUUAUCACAGAUGAGCCGAAAAUCAUUCCUUUGUCCAAACCUGAAGAGUUCAUCGGCAUCGCCAGCCCCUUCAUUGAGCAGCGUGUCAAGAGCCCGCCGAGCCCCUCCGCUGAAUGGGCCAACAAAUGGAGCGUCCUAAAGAAGGAGCCCUACACGCCCCCUCUGGAGUCCAUCCCCGAGGGAGCAGAGAAUGAAGGCCGUGAGCCCGUCAACCACGACGAGCCCGAAAACGAGGUUAACAGUGAAAUCCUCGUCGAGGAGGUGGAGGUUCCCGCCGAGGACAAGAAGAAGGACGACGAUGCCGUGUCCAUUGUCGGCCGAGACGCUUACAAGAAGACGGCGCCUUUAGACAGCCGGGCAGUUUUUCCCUCUGCCCUCGUUCAGUUGCUUAGUAACACCUGA